GCUGUAACAGUACUACCACAUCUGAUCCUCCCUACUGAUCUGUAGAGAUGUCUGAGUUAGGCUCCUUUGACAAUCCGGUUAAGUUCAAAGAUCAAGACUAUGACGUCCUGCUGCAGAAGUGCCUCAAAUCUGCAGUUCUGUUCUCAGACGCGGUGUUCGCCGCGAACCAGAGCUCCCUCGGUAUUCCUGUGGAUCCUGAUCCUAAAAAGGCAGUGAAGUGGCUGCGCCCGAAGGAAAUCACAAGUAAUGCUGUCUUUGUUGAGGGCACCAUGGGCACCACCGAUAUCUGCCAGGGCCAGCUGGGUAACUGCUGGCUGCUGGCGGCACUGUCCUGUCUCACCAUGCACCCGACUCUGUUUGUGAAAGUGGUUCCAUCUGGACAAAGCCUGAGUGAAUCCUACGCUGGCAUCUUUCGUUUUAGGAGAGUUCACCUUGACAAAGCGUGCACUAAAGCAAGCCACUACAGCUCUCGUGGCUUGUGUGAUGUUGUGCUGAUUGGUUCUUAUGGCAGUCUGAAGGGGGGAAUUAUCUCAGAAGGAAUGGAGGAUUUUACGGGGGGAAUUGCCUACUCCCUCCACGUGUCUUCUCGGCCCCCACGCAUGCUCUGGAGAGCCAUCACUGCUUCCCUGGCCAGGAGCAGUCUGCUCAGCUGCUUCAUACAAGCUGCGAGUGUGAAGGAGAUUGGCACUGUGACAUCUGAGGGUCUUAUCAAAGGUCAUGCCUAUGCCAUCACUGAUACAGAUAAGGUCCAGAAGGCGUCUGAAGAGGUCUUACUGCUGAGGCUGCGUAACCCCUGGGGGUUUGUUGAGUACUGUGGACCCUGGAGUGACAAGUGUCAAGACUGGGAUUUUAUAGAUAAUGCUCAGAAGGCCAGACUUGAGUUGGCCAAAGUUGAAGAUGGAGAAUUCUGGAUUGGAAUAGAGGACUUUUCCCGGCUGUUUAAUACAGUGGAAAUGUGCAGUGUGAAUCCGGACUCUAUGUCGGGGGAGGCGAGUGAUGACACAGCCACCCCGUCCUGGACACUGAGCUCACAUCAAGGCACCUGGGUCCCAAUGUGCUCUGCAGGGGGCAGCCGACGUUACCCCAGAUCUUUCUGGAAAAAUCCUCAGUUCCAAGUGAUUCUGUCUGAGAAAGAUGUGGACGACUAUGAUUAUGGAGAGGAUGAGGAAGGGGAGGAAGGAGAUGGAGAAGACGAUGAAGAAGGUGUUGUGGUGGCUCCUAUGAGCAAGACUGAGAAACAGGGAGAGAAAAAGAAGUGCACGGUACUGGUGGAGCUUCUCCAGAAAUACCGCAGACAAAAAGAUAAAGUCCACUUUCUCUACAUCGCAUUUCACAUCUACAAGGUUCCCCCUGAGCUGCAGGACAAACCAGGAUCUCUGGACCAGCAGUUCUUCUCCAACAACCGUCCAGUUGCUCGCUCUGGAAAGUACCGUAGCAUUAGGAGCGUGUGGCGGAAGGUGCACUUAGAGCCUGGCAGUUAUGUCAUCGUAGCCUCCACCUACAGGCCCAACCAGCAGGGGGAGUUCUUCCUCCGUGUUUACACCAAAACCGGCAACAUACAGGGGUUCCAGGAUUUCCCCUGCAUCAACAACUACUCUGUGAUGGUAAUGUCAAAGCCAGUCUUACCUGAGGAUCUGUUUAGAGUGCAGAAGUGGUUUGAUGAAAAGGCUGGAUCAGAUGACAGAGUGAAUGCUGUGCAGUUUAUGGAUCUGGUGAACUCAGUGCUGGAAAAAGACUAUGAACUUCCUCUGGAGACCUGCAGACAGCUCAUCUUUGGUGAAGAUACUGGUGGCAGAGGCCGUCUGAACAGAGCUCAGGCAGAGAAGCUGCUCACCUCCCUACGCAAUCUGCAGUCUGUCUUUUUCCAGUUUGAUGAGGAUUCAUCAGGAACUAUGAGUCCGUUCGAACUCAGUUUGGCUCUGAAUGCUGCAGGUGUGGAGUGUGACAAUGUUGUGGUACAGUUGUUGUGGGAGAGGUUUGGCGCUGGUGAACAAUACCUGCCUUUCUGUGGCUUUGUGUCUUGUGUUGCCAGACUGCAGGUGCUCUUUGAUCUUUUUGAGUCGGAGACCAACCCAGAGUUGAAGGACAAGGGCAUCAAUGCUUGGCUGCUCAAGCUGUUGGCUGUGUGAGCCUGUCCAGACCCGACACCUCAGCGGGACAGACCUGCUAGGCCAAGACUACUCUGACGUCAUCCACCUGGGCCUACGUCUCCUACAUCUCCCCCUCUUCUAUCUCAUUUGUGAUCGGCGGACCUUUGCCCUACAGUUGCAUCCACCCACUCACCGCUCCAUCAGUUGGGGUCUAUGACCAUGUAGGGAGGAUACAAAACAGGCUUUCGCAUUUCAUCCCCCUCGCCCCACCCUAACACAAUGUGUGUGUGUAUUUGCAUUUAUAAUAAGCAAAACAUUU